UGACAGUGGGAUGUGGGCUGUUCUCCCCUAGAAAAGCCUUUAAGGCCGGCCGCGCUGCGGCGCUGAGCAGUCUCAGCCCGGCAGCGCUCGGUGCCGCUCGGCAGCCGCUCUCUGCAGCAGGAAGCAGACGCAGAGACCCAGUCAGCGAGGAAGACCAUGGCCCUGAACCCUCCUGGGAACGCCGCACCUUUCAACCACAGAAUGGGUUCUGGGCUCAACUAAGAUGGCAUCGGACAGAAUGGCUUCGCCUCAGAGCAGCUCGCUGUCGUCGUCUCCAAUGAGCACCCGGAUGCAGUCCCUACAGGUGGACUCGGUCCAGCGCUGGAUGGAGGACCUUCGCCACAUGACAGAGGUCGAGUGCAUGUGUGUGCUCCAGGCCAAACCCAUCGGGGUGGAGGACGACUCCCAGCAGGGGGAGCUGAUCGUGGCCCAGGGCUCCAGCGACCACGUGGCCAGGAACAACCUGCAGACGCUGCUGCGCCGAGCGCUGGUGGUCAGCACGGAGCUCGGCAAGAUGUUCCAGCGCCUGGAGAAGGGGCGCUGGCAGAGGGUCCACAGCACGGCGGUGAGGGCCAACUGCCACGUGCGCUCGCUGGUGCACGAGUACAGCUCUGCCCGGAGCACGCCGCCGGAGAUGCAGAAGUAUGAAAAAUCUCUUCUGGAAAAGUGCAUGGAGCUGACAAAUAUCACAGAAAGGUGUCUUCACACAGAUGAUGAAUUCUUCCUGAAGUCUAUGAGGGAAGCGAUCCACGAGAUCCUCACUGACGUCAGCGAUUCCUUCAGCAACAUGAUCGACAUGGCCUUAGCCAACGAGAUCCGGGUCCUGAUCAAACAGAUCGAAUCUUCGGACAGUGUUCACACCAUCAGCAGUGCCAUCAGCAACCUGUUGUCCCUCACCCAGGACGGACCUCAGCUCUGCAGCAUCAUUGCCAAGGAGGGAGCAGUGGUGGCCCUGUUUAAGAUCUGCAGACAGGACCGUUUCCGGGAGCUGUACGCUCACGCUCUCCGAACGGUGGCCUCCAUCUGCUGCGUGGACGAGGGCAUCAGCCAACUGGACAAGGUGGACGGCAUCCUGUGCCUGGCGGACAUCUUGACUGACGACAGCAGCGUAGAAGCAGCGAGGGCCGAGGCGGCGGCGGUGGUGGCGCAGAUCACCUCUCCCCACCACACGUCCACACAGCACCUCGCCAGCUUCCUGGAGAGCAUGCACGACAUCGUCACGGCGCUCAUCAAGCUGUGUGACAGCGCCUCCUGUGGUGAGGUCUUCCUCUUGGCCUCUGCCGCCUUGGCCAACAUCACCUUUUUUGACAGCAUGGCCUGUGAGAUCCUUCUGCAGCUCAAUGCCAUCCACAUCCUGCUGCAGGCCUGCAAGGACCGGCAAAGGGUGGACACCCCCUACUCCAAAGACCAGGUGGUCACGAUCUUGGCCAACCUCUCAGUCUUAGAGCAGUGUGCUGCUGAAGUCCUGCAGGAGCAAGGAGUGGACCGCCUGCUGCUGCUGCUGGGAGAGAAGCCGUCCUCCUCCAGUCCGUCCGAAGGCGCCGCCUGCGAGCGCGUCCAGCAGAAAGCUGCCGUCACACUGGCCCGUCUGAGCAGGGACCCCGACGUGGCCCGAGGCGCCAUCCAGCUCAAAGCUGUUCCUCGUCUCAUCGAACUGUGUCGCUCCCCUACUGAGAGGAAUAACAGCGACUCCGUGCUGGUCGCGUGUCUGGCUGCCCUGAGGAGGCUGGCGGCCGGGUGUCCAGACAGCAUCGAGGCAGCCGACCACCAGCAGCUGAUCAAACCGCGGCUGGUCGACUCCUUCCUGCUGUGCUCCAACAUGGAGGAGAGCUUUGUGUGACGGCCCAGACGC